AGAUGGAAUGCAGUGGCGUGAUCUCGGCUCACUGCAAGCACCGCCUGCCAGGUUCAUGCCAUUCUCCCACCUCAACCUCUCGAGUAGCUGGGACUACAGGUGCCUGCCACCACGCCCAGCUAAUUUUUUGUUUUUGUAUUUUUAGUAGAGACGGGGUUUCACCGUGUUAGCCAGGAUGGCCUCGAUUUCCUGACCUCGUGAUCCGCCCGCCUCGGCCUCCCAAAGUGCUGGGAUUACAGGCAUGAGCCACCGCGCCCGGCCCAGAUUUCAACUUUUAUUUUAUUUCCUUUCAUUUAUUAAAUAAUAUAAAUAAUGACAGAUUUAUUUUAGGUGUUAGGCUAUUUUUACAUGAGAUUUACAGAAGUGGAAAUUCUCAUGCUUAACUUAUGCAAUGAGACAUAGUUUCUCAGGAAGCACAUUUGACAUGUUUUAGUCUCUCUUCUUUUUUUUCUCCCAAAUAUUUGAGUUAGCUUAAAUUCUUUUUUAUGGACUGCUCAACCAGUGAAUUGAUGCAGUUAGACAACAAGUAAUCUGCAGCAGAAUAUUUCAUCCGAUUUGAGACUUGAUUCCAUAUUAUUGCCUUAAAGGCUGUUAAAUUGGGUGACUUUUAGUAUGCAGCUGUUAAAAAGAGAAAAGACUGUUUAAUAUCAUUCCAAAAUUUUUGUGAAAUGUGGCCCAAGAUCUAAAGUUUUUAAGGGAAUUAUUUAAUAAAUAUGAUCUGUCCCUUUGUGAAAAGGAUCCAUCCCCUUUCAUAAUAAAAAUAAUCCCCUCCUACCACCCAGUUGCACAUACUUGCAUCUGUUAUGUAUUGAAGGAUAAUCCUCCCCCAAAAAAACUAUCCAAGAGCAGAGAUGUUUAUAUUUUGAAACCCAUUUGAGUGUUACAGUAUUAUAUGACUAAAGCUGAGUCAGUCUGGGCCUGGUAUUUGUUAUCAUAAAGGAAGAUGUACACCUAAGAUAUCAAGUGGUUAAAACAGCAAAGUACAAGACGCAUUUUUGUAUUUAUUCUAACUUUUGAACAUUAGUGUCUUUCAGUAUAAAUAAAUGUGAACACAUAUACCUCAGUAGUAAUACAGGAGAACUAAAUAUCCUGCUAUAACUUAAUACAGAUACAUAUUUCAAUAUCACCUAACAAACACAUAAUUUUGAAAAAAAAAAAAAAAUAUGUGCAGCAACUUACACAUUUUUCUCCCCAGAACUAAGAUUACACUUAAUUUAAUUUAAUCUGUUUCUGGGUUAUACUAGAGUUUUGCAGGAAUUUUUCUGAAUAGUACAUUCACAUGAUAGAUAUGGAUAAAUAGCUUAUUUACUAAAAUGUUUUGAAACAUAUUUUAUAGUCCCUCAUUUGAUUUGAAAAAAUUUGGCAAGAUCUUCACAUUGAAAGAAAGGAUGAGAAUAUUUGCAGAUUUCCUUUGUUCUGAAAUUAUUUUAUUCCAAAGCAAAAUUGAGUUGCCACUAUCAGGAAAAAAAUGUAUCACUUCUGUUAGAAGGCUAUGAAGUAUAUAUAAAUUAUAUGACAAUUUUUAUCAUAUAGAUUUGAUAUCUUCUAUGUAUUCGUAUUUCUGCAUCUUGGGUAUUAAGCAAAAUACCAUAUGUAUAAAUAUGAAGCCAGGAAUGUGCAUAUUUUAGAAACUAAUUGUGUAUCUUAAGUGAAUGUUUUGAGUAGUUUAGUUCUGUCACCUCUAUUCUAAAUAUUUUACCUACAACAUUUAAAUUAUUCUGAUAUCAAUCAGAUAAAUAAUCCAAGUCUAUUUCGUCUUUCUACAUUGUCUUUAUGGUUUUUGUUUGUUUGUUUUUGAGACGGUCUCACACUGUCACCCAGGCUGGAGUGCAGUGGUGCAAUCUCAGCUCACUGCAACCUCCGCCUCCCGGGUUGCAGCUAUCCUCCCACCUCAGCGUCCCAAGUAGCUAGGGCUACAGGUGUGCACCACCAUGCCCAGCUAACUUUUUGUCUUUUUGAUGGAGAUGGGGUUUCCCCAUCUUGCCCAGGCUGGUUAUGAACUCCUGAGCUCAAGGGAUCCCCCCGCCUCUUGCCUCCCAAAGUGCUGGGAUUAUAGGUGUGAGCCACCAUACCACCUGUCUUUGAAUUUUUUAACGAGGGGAAAGAAAACUGCAAUUCCUGCCUCCCCAUUUAUUUAAACAUGACACCUAGGAUUUUAUUUUUGGUAACUACUUAGAAUAAUAUAGUAGAUUACUUAUCUUUGGUUAGAAAGAACUAUGGAAAAUAGGAACCAAUAAUUUGGAAGUAUUAUUUCCUCAUUUCAUAUAUAGAAAUAAUUAUCUUAUUUCCUUAUUUCAUAUAUAGAAUGUUCUAGAUACUUGGAUGGCUGGGGUUAACGUUCUUAGUAUUUAUCAUAGUUUAGCAUUGGUUGUUAUUUUUAAGCAUCAGAAUUUGAAAGCCAAUGAUAAUACCUGAUUAGGACUGAAAAUAGAAUUAUCUUAGUAGUUUAGCACUUUUUAUAAUGGAGUUGGAGCACUGAAUUUAUUUUCAAAUUACCCAGAAUUCUGCAUUGCUCAAAUAUUAUUCAAUUGAUUGCAAAAUAUACCUUGGAAACCCUUUGGAUAGAAUAGUUCAGAGGGUUACCACUAGUACUUAGAGCCUAAAGUCACUCAGUAGGAGGUUCUCGAAGGUCUAUUUGAAGGCAAUCCAAUUUCUUUAAAAUAAAUUUUUUUUUUGUCUUUUAAAACAGACGGGUGAAGAAAGGGGCAUAUAAAUUCUGGGAAACCUCUUAUGAUUUCCUUCCAUUUCCUUCUAUGUCUCCAUUAAUGUGCUAACUUGAAGGAAUUUAACUUCAAGGAAAGUUGACUGCUGAAGUUUAUGUAGAGCUGUGAAUAUUAUAAUUUUUCAAUACUUUAUUGAUAAUGUUAGCUUUGUUUUUAUUUGGAAACAUUUUUUCCAGUUCACCGAAGCAGAAUUCAUUCUGUUCUUCCCUGAAAUUCAUCUAUUAGGAUCAAUGUGAUUGACAUUUAUCUCCACUCUGCAUGUCAGUGCUAUGAUAUAGACGCUAUAAGCCCUGUAGAUAUUAUGGGUAUGAAGACUAUUUGAGGUGAAUUGGCAGUGAGAGCAAAUUUUGGAAACAGGAGAGAGAACUACUUCAUGCCUACAAAAAGCUCUCUCACUCCUUCCCCAAGAAAACAGGAGUCUGAAUUUCGGCCAGCUGGGUGUUUGAAUCUUACUGACUGUUGCAGCAUUGGUAGUCCUGGUAAAUUUUUUCAGUGGGUGAGCUUUUCUGAAAUUUGAUUAAACAUAUUACUCAAGGGAAUCUGUGAAUAGAUUUAGAAGUAGAAUGUUUGAGGUAGUUGACAAGACAUUUAGAAUUGUGAUUAAUGUUUUAAUAAAAUGCUAAGUUAGAAUGAAUCUAAUCAUAAUUAUAUAGAUGGAAGAUAUAUUCUAACAGUUCUUAAAUAAUUUUAGAUUCUCUAAAUUUAGAGUGUUUUCUAGCUUAGAGAACCAUAUUAAUAUUUUUUACCUAGUCUACUGAACAUAAUUUCAGGGAUUUAGUAUUUAGGACUUUCUACCUAGAGAUGCGGUAAGCCUUUUAAAUUUAAAUUUGCUUUCUUAAAAUACCUGUUCCAACAUUGCUCACCUUUCUUCUCCUUCCUUUUUGACCUCUUCUUCAGUGGGAGGGGCACAUAUUCAGCUUUCUGUUAAACACUCUUUGGUUUUCAACUGAGUAAGGCAAGCAAGGAUAUAUGUUAGAAGAGUGGACAUAAUACUUUAUCAUAAAAUUAUAGGGACUAAAAGUCUAAAUCAUUGCUGUCAAUAGGACUUUUUUUGAUGAUGGAAAUAAUUUAUGUCUGUGCUGUUCAAUAUGGUAGCCACUAGCACAGGUGACUACUGAGCAUUUCACAUGUGGCUAGUGAUACAGAGGAACUAAAUUUUUAAUUUUACUUAAUUACUUUAAAUUUUAAAAGUUACAUGUGGCUAGUGGGUCUAUCCCAACUAUGAAGAGAAUAAAGCUACAGAGCAUAUAUCUAGUCUAAUGAAACAACAGUGAAUUUGGGAAUUGUAAAUCUUUCUUAAGCUUUUUCCAUAAACUUUUAUUGAUACAAUUUAGGCAUAUACAAAUACUGGUGAAAUUUAUUGAUUGAAUUAUUGUUGACCUUUUUUCAGUAUUUGUAUUUUUAAAAAGAUAUGUUUCUUUAUAAUUAACUUGUAUUGUAGGGUAACUAUUCUCCUUAAAUGUUCAGCCACUUAGUUACUAACAAAUAGCAUUUGGUUUUUUAGCAUUAUUUAUCGUCUGAGGCUUUCAGAAUUAAUACACCAAACCUUAAAUAUUUUUGUUGUUCUCUAAAAGAAUGGGUUUAUGAUGCUCCAAAAGGACAUUUUGAGAACUGCCGGAGCAACAGAUACCAUGUAAGGAGUGAAUUCCCAUGUUUUUCACUUAUAUCUAGGGGCCUACUUAUUUAGGAGGUUUCCUAAGUAAGUGUAUUUAGUUGUAGAACCCUAGAGUUGCCUAGGUCCAUUCUAUUCUAGCACAUACUCAACAUACUGCCAGAGCAAAUGUAGGUUGCAGAUUCAGGCAAAACACACACACACACACACACACACACACACACACCCCCCGAAGAGCACAAUGAGCAUUAUUAGCACAGCCAAUUUAAAAUGAUGAGGUGUUAACCACAUUUGUAUAAAUAAUAGUUUCUCUAACCUCGAAUCAUUAUCCUGCAUUUUUAAUGCAAUCGGUUCAUAAACAUCAAAGUGAAAACACCAAAUUUGUAAGAGGUCAGGACCAACUGGGGCUCUAAAUGGAGAGACAGCUGAGAGCUGUGUCCGUAUGCGUGGGUGGCCUUGCAGCUGUUGAUUCACCCUCAGGCUACCAGACAGUUGCCUCUUUGCACUUGCAGAACCAGACUUCAAUCUUAGGUAAAAAUGUAUCCCUCCCAUGGACAGGACAUAAACAAUAGAUUGACAUCAGCUCUGAAAACAUCAGUGCAGCAGCCAGACUCAGCAGUUGCCCUGAAAUACUGAGAAGUAUCAAGCAUAACAUCAAGACUGUUUCUACACAAUAAUAUUUGUCUUUGUACAACAACACUGGGUUCUCUUAAGUAUAUUAUAAAUAUAAAAGCUCAAAGUCCAAAAGGUUCAAUGUGAUGAUAUCCUUCUCUACAAAUGGCAUGAACACUAGGGUAGAUUGCAUGAGACCUGACUGCCGUAUCUUGGUCCUUACUAGGAUUCCCAAAUAUACUCCUUAAUAACCAGUAAAAUUAUAUUUACACUGGACAUUUUAAGAAAUACCAGUGUUCGUUGUUAGAUGAGAGACAGCAUAAUUUUGGAAUCACAACUGAGUUCACAGUUCAGUUUUGAGCCUUACUAGUUUUGUUUCCUUGUAUAAGUUUCUUAACCUUUGUAAGGCUAGCAUGUAAAUCAGAUAUAAUAAUAUAUAGUUCAUGGUGUAAAGACUGGAUUAAUGUAUGCAGUGUCUAUCUAGCACAGUGCCUGAUAUGUAGUAGCAUGUCAAGAGAUGUUCUCUCUUAUGCAUUUGGAGGAUUAGGUGCUGCGCCUAUAGGUUUCCAUUCAUUUCUCAUCUGUGUAAUUCUGAGUGUUCCUUUUCUAGAUAGAAUUCCCCCCAACAAAAAUUUAAAGUCUAACAGGUGGUAGGUGCUUAUUGAGGCCCAGCAAUUCUACUUCUGGAAACCUUCCUCAGGAAAAGAUUCUGAUGACAGAAGAUGCUGUGUGAACAGUAUUAUAUAGAAUUGUUUUUAAUAGCAAUAAAUUUUUUAAAACUUACAAGUUCAGUGAUAUGAGGACAUUUACAUACAAAAACUAUCGAACCACCAGUCUUCUAAUUCCUUUUAAAAUGAUGGUUGUGAAGACUGAUGAAAACACAGUGUUAAUGAUAUGUUAACUGAAAAAGUAAAAUUAAAAACAUUAUGGAUAGUAUAAGUUUCUUAAAUGCCAACAAUGCAUGAGGUGAAUAGAAUAAGACCUUUUUUAAAGAAUGUAAUUUUUGACAGUCUGAAAAGACAGGCCUUAUAUUUAUAUUGAGAAAAAUGAUCCUGACAUUUAAUGAGACAGUAAAACAGUUUUUAUUUUUUGCUUACUUAUUCUGUUCUAGAAUCCAAACUCUAAAUACUGUUUAAUAGAGCACUCUUGAUAUUAGAUGACUGUAUAAAGAGUCCUAUUUGCUAGAAUCCUACUUUAUCUUUUAAGUUUUGCUAAUUACCCUGCAAUGAAUGUUGAACAUAAAAAAUUUGACUCCCUUUCCAUGUGUCCACUGUUUCCUUGUGCCUCUUGAUUAACAAAACUUUAUUUUUAAGUGAGAACCUCUGUUUUCUUGAUUUUAAAAAAAGUCAUUGCUAUUUUGUUUUUAACUAUCCUAUUUUGCAGUUCUAUCACUUAUUCAAGUAAAAGUUGGAACAGAACAUGUAAUAAUAACAGCAAACAUUUAAACAAUACUGAUUUUAUGCCAGACAAUAUUUAAGGGUUUCAUAAUGCCCCUUAAUUCAUACCCUCUUCCUCAUAACCCUGUUAGGUAGAUGCUGUUAUUGUCCCCAUUAUACAGAUGAGGAAACAAGCAAUAAGUUUCAGUAACCUACCCAAGGCCACACAGAUAGUAUAGCCCAAUCCAGGUUCGAGUCACAGAUCUGCUGUACACAAUUGUGAUUGCUCACAUUUUAGGUAUUAAUGUCUUACAGAAAAUGAGAUUCUAGAAAUUGAACUCUUCUCUGGAAAGAAAAAUGGGCAUUCAGUAUUUUGGUCUCAUUCAACCGUGACAUAAACCUAUGGCCAAUGGAAGGUAGUAGUAGAUGCCAUGCCCUUUCGGGUCCUCACUUCCAAAUAAAAAAAUAAAUAAAUAAAUAAAUAAAAGGAACAAUGAUCGUGCCAAAAAGGGUGGUGGCCACAUGUGUGCCCAAGGACAGGGCUAUUAAGAAGUUCUUUAUUCAAAACACAGUAGAGGCUGCAGCAAGUGUCUUCAAUGCGUAUGUGCUUCCCGAGCUGUAUGUGAAGCUACAUUAUUGUGUGAGUUGUGCCAUUCACAGCAGGAAGCCUGCAAGAACUGAACAUCUCCACUUCUAUUUAGACCUGCAGAUGCUGGCACCAAAGCUCAUGUAAGGAGCUGAGUCUUUAAGGACUGAAGCAAAACUAUCCUCUGGAGAAAAGUAAAAUGGAAAUUGUACUUAAAAAAAAUUAGUAGAUGCCAUUAAUCAAAAGGUGAAAAUUUUCCUGGUUGUGUCAAUUUAGAGUUAACAUAUCACCCCAGGCUGUUGCUGUCAGUUUAUUCUGUAACUUGCUACUGGAUAAUUCAUUAUAGGUCUUGCCUGAGCAUGUCUGAUAAUUAAAACUUUAUAUUUGAAUUAUCUGUAUGCUACAGAAAUAGAACUACUUUACUGAAGUGGUAUCCAAUAAUUUACUAUAUACAGCUAUUGGUUUUUUAUUCCUAAGAUACAAUAUAUUGGCUAUUUGCUGCUGUGUUACUUAAUGACAUUAGAUGACUCAUAAAGGUGUAAGUGGUUGACAUUUUUGCUAUUAAGAAUUUAGAUAUUCAAAUUAUGCUUUAUAAAUGAGGAUUAGAUUUUUAGCAUGUUAUUGCUUAGGAGAUAACAGGUAACUAAAACUUUAUAAUUAAGGAUAUCCCAUUGCUGUUGAUCUAGCAUCUUUUCUAAAAAAUGCAUGUUUUACAAUAUUUAUGUGAAACUAAUUUUUAUUUGAUGUGCAGUAACAACAAAUCAAUGCAAAAUUAUACAUUAAUUAAUGUAACAGUAUGAAGUUGUAAGACAUACCACAGCUUUCCUCUAGGUGGCAUGAUUUCAGCUAUCAUUGAGUCAACUGAUAAAAAUCCUUUUUCUCUACAACCACAGGAGUAUGUAGUUUCUGAACAAUCAGUGCAAGUGUGACAUUGAUUAGAUUUAAUUGUUACCACUGGUUAAAUAACCAGAUUGACCUUAUAAUAGUGUAUUGUUUAAUGAUCUUAAGUAACUUAAAAUUAUAAGACAAAGUCCUCUUAAAGAAACAAAUACAAAAACUUGUUACCUCCAAUAACCCAGCAGCCAAAAUUAUUUGUCUCUUCAGGUCACAAUGACACACCCAUUUCUGGAUUUAUUUCUUUGGCAUAUAUUUAUUUCUUAUGGUAGAUAGCUUGCUAUUUGCUUGGAACAGUAAAGAUACUGCCUUUUUACUUAAAAGGACUCAUAUAGAUAUAACAAAUCUAAAGAGAAACCACAAGUGGUAGGAUUCUUGAUCACAAAAAUUUUCAUGUUAACAGGAAACAGCCCCUUCAAUUAUGUGAAGGUAACUUUCCUGGUGUCCCUGGUUUUAUGAAGCGGUUACUGUGUGCUAAACAAGAAGGAUCAACAUGUGAAAAGUAAUUAUGUGACCUGCAAGCAUCAAACAACAAACAGAAACACUGGUCUUUUUUUCUGUACUGGCACUAAAAUGGGAAGGGGGCCAAACUCGUUUUUACCUUUGGGAUUCUUUUUCUGUUGUUGAUUUUCAAAAAUUUAAAAAUGUAUUUCUCUGGCUAUACACAGAAUGCAUAAAAUGCUUGUUAAUCCCAUUAUUGUUGUAUUUAUCUUCUCUUUCCUUUCUUUGUGGGAGACUGCUUUCAUGGAGCUCAAAAGAACUUGACCAAGCACCUCUCGGGGGUUCAUUUUUAUGGCAGUGUAGGUUUAUAUUAAUGCUAAAAUUGUGCAAGUAGCAUUUUCAAAAUGUAUCUCCAAUGGUGAUUUUUAGAAUAUGCUGCAUAGGCAAAGGAAAAAAAGGUCUUGGAAGUAUGCAAAAUAUAGUAUCACCAUUGUAACCGAAAAAAGGUGAGAAACUAACAGAUGUAGUCUUACAGAUUUAAAGUGGCUUCAUUUUAAAUAAGGUAAUUAUCUGGGACAGUCCUGAUUUACCCCUGUUGUCUUAGUGUAUCAAUGAGUGGCAUCCUCUUUACUGCAAAAAUGUUUGGAUUUGUGCGACAAAUGAUGAAGCUACCCUAGUUAUGAGAACUUUAUUUUCUACUAAGAUUUAAAAUAAUCAUCAGUGAGAGUUUGUGGUCUGUAGUCUCCAGUUUUAUAAAUUAUAACCAUCUAUAUAGCUGUGCUCUUAAAAAUACUUACAUACUUAGGCUUUUAAAAAUACUUAUUUACUGAUUUUUCCCUCUAUCAUAAACUACACUGAGGUUUUCUUUUUUUAUGCAAUUACUAUUGACCCUUGGUUUUUAUUCAUUUAUUUUUUAAUUGCAGGCUAAUCGAGGCAGCAGAACGGCAAAGUUGUUUGAAAUGUAGGUUGGUAAUUUUGGCAGUGGAAAUUUAGACAUUUGGAAUUUUACCCAAUCUAUGAAGCCCACUGAGAUGACGACAGACACAUAAAUUCAUUUAAAGACCAUGUAUCUUUAAAAAAAAAAAAAAUUUGUUAUACUCAUUUUAAUUAUGAGAACACAGUCAUAUUUUUCUCUAUCACUCACCUUCUCUUUUUCUUUCUCAUCUUUUGUUUUUAUCUUUAGUUGGCCAAAACACUCUCUCCAUUUCUCCCCAGCAACCUCAUUCUGGUUUCUUGCUUUGUGAAGUCUAUCUGUGAACUUCUGUGGUGACAGAGUAAAUGAAGUAGGAGUAGAGAUUCUGUAAAGGAGUUUCAGAGCCUUUAACAUGACAAUGUUCCGGAAUGAGGAAUCUAAGAGGACAGGAGGGUACCCAGUAUCUCCCAAACUUGUUUGACCCCAGAAUUCCUGUUUGUCAGAACAUAUUCUGGGACCACUGUUUCUCAGAAGUACAUAGUAGGGGGUGAACGCAACCGCGACGGCUGAUCGUCUGUGGCUGGGUUGGCGUUUGGAGCAAGAGAAGGAGGAGCAGGAGAAGGAGGGAGCUGGAGGCUGGAAGCGUUUGCAAGCGGCGGCGGCAGCAACGUGGAGUAACCAAGCGGGUCAGCGCGCGCCCGCCAGGGUGUAGGCCACGGCGUGCAGCUCCCAGAGCAGGAUCCGCGCCGCCUCAGCAGCCUCUGCGGCCCCUGAGGCACCCGACCGAGUCCCGAGCGCCCUGCGAAGCGCACCCUCCUCCCCGCGGCGCGCCGGGCUCGCCCCCAGCGCGCGCACACGCUCACACACACACACACACACGCACGCACACACGUGUGCGCUUCUCUGCUCCGGAGCUGCUGCUGCUCCUGCUCUCAGCGCCGCAGUGGAACGCAGGACCGAACCGCUCCUUCUUUAAAUAUAUAAAUUUCAGCCCAGGUCAGCCUCGGCGGCCCCCUCACCGCGCUCCCGGCGCCCCUCCUGUCAGUUCGCCAGCUGCCAGCCCCGGGACCUUUUCAUCUCUUCCCUUUUGGCCGGAGGAGCCGAGUUCAGAUCCGCCACUCCGCACCCGAGACUGACACACUGAACUCCAUUUCCUCCUCUUAAAUUUAUUUCUACUUAAUAGCCACUCAUCUCUUUUUUUCCCCACCUCAUUGCUCCAAGAAUUUUUUUUUUCUUACUCUCCAAAGUCAGGGUUCCCUCUGCCCGUCCCGUAUUAAUAUUUCCACUUUUGGAACUACUUGCCUUUUCUUUUUAAAGGAAUUCAAGCAGGAUACGUUUUUCUGUUGGGCAUUGACUAGAUUGUUUGCAAAAGUUUCGCGUCAAAAACAAACAAACAAAAAAAAAACCAAACAACUCUCCUUGAUCUAUACUUUGAGAAUUGUUGAUUUUUUUAUUCUGACUUUUAAAAACAACUUUUUUUCCCACUUUUUAAAAAAAUGCACUACUGUGUGCUGAGCGCUUUUCUGAUCCUGCAUCUGGUCACGGUCGCGCUCAGCCUGUCUACCUGCAGCACACUCGAUAUGGACCAGUUCAUGCGCAAGAGGAUCGAGGCGAUCCGCGGGCAGAUCCUGAGCAAGCUGAAGCUCACCAGUCCCCCAGAAGACUAUCCUGAGCCCGAGGAAGUCCCCCCGGAGGUGAUUUCCAUCUACAACAGCACCAGGGACUUGCUCCAGGAGAAGGCGAGCCGGAGGGCGGCCGCCUGCGAGCGCGAGAGAAGCGACGAAGAGUACUACGCCAAGGAGGUUUACAAAAUAGACAUGCCGCCCUUCUUCCCCUCCGAAAAUGCCAUCCCGCCCACUUUCUACAGACCCUACUUCAGAAUUGUUCGAUUUGACGUCUCAGCAAUGGAGAAGAAUGCUUCCAAUUUGGUGAAAGCAGAGUUCAGAGUCUUUCGUUUGCAGAACCCAAAAGCCAGAGUGCCUGAACAACGGAUUGAGCUGUAUCAGAUUCUCAAGUCCAAAGAUUUAACAUCUCCAACCCAGCGCUACAUCGACAGCAAAGUUGUGAAAACAAGAGCAGAAGGCGAAUGGCUCUCCUUCGAUGUAACUGAUGCUGUUCAUGAAUGGCUUCACCAUAAAGACAGAAACCUGGGAUUUAAAAUAAGCUUACACUGUCCCUGCUGCACUUUUGUACCAUCUAAUAAUUACAUCAUCCCAAAUAAAAGCGAAGAACUAGAAGCAAGAUUUGCAGGUAUUGAUGGCACCUCCACAUAUACCAGUGGUGAUCAGAAAACUAUAAAGUCCACUAGGAAAAAAAACAGUGGGAAGACCCCACAUCUCCUGCUAAUGUUAUUGCCCUCCUACAGACUUGAGUCACAACAGACCAACCGGCGGAAGAAGCGUGCUUUGGAUGCAGCCUAUUGCUUUAGAAAUGUGCAGGAUAAUUGCUGCCUACGUCCACUUUACAUUGAUUUCAAGAGGGAUCUAGGGUGGAAAUGGAUACACGAACCCAAAGGGUACAAUGCCAACUUCUGUGCUGGAGCGUGCCCGUAUUUAUGGAGUUCAGACACUCAGCACAGCAGGGUCCUGAGCUUAUAUAAUACCAUAAAUCCAGAAGCAUCUGCUUCUCCUUGCUGCGUGUCCCAAGAUUUAGAACCUCUAACCAUUCUCUACUACAUUGGCAAAACACCCAAGAUUGAACAGCUUUCUAAUAUGAUUGUAAAGUCUUGCAAAUGCAGCUAAAAUUCUUGGAAAAGUGGCAAGACCAAAAUUACAAUGAUGAUGAUAAUGAUGAUGACGACGAUAAUGAUGAUGCUUGUAACAAGAAAACAUAAGAGAGCCUUGGUUCAUCAGUGUUAAAAAAAAUUUUGAAAAGGCGGUACUAGUUCAGACACUUUGGAAGUUUGUGUUCUGUUUGUUAAAACUGGCAUCUGACACAAAAAAAGUUGAAGACCUGAUUCUACAUUUCACCUACUUUGUAAGUGAGAGAGACAAGAAGCAAAUUUCUUUAAAGAAAAAAAUAAACACUGGAAGAAUUUAUUAGUGUUAAUUAUGUGAACAACGACAACAACAACAACGAAAAAAUAACAGGAAAAUCCCAUUAAGUGGAGUUGCUGUACGUACCGUUCCUAUCCCACGCCUCACUUGAUUUUUCUGUAUUGCUAUGCAAUAGGCACCCUUCCCAUUCUUACUCUUAGAGUUAACAGUGAGUUAUUUAUUGUGUGUUACUAUAUAAUGAACGUUUCAUUGCCCUUGGAAAAUAAAACAGGUGUAUAAAGUGGAGACCAAAUACUUUGCCAGAAACUCAUGGAUGGCUCAAGGAACUUGAACUCAAACGAGCCAGAAAAAAAGAGGUCAUAUUAAUGGGAUGAAAACCCAAGUGAGUUAUUAUAUGACCGAGAAAGUCUGCAUUAAGAUAAAGACUCUGAAAACACAUGUUAUGUACCAGCUGCCUAAGGAAGCUUCUUGUAAGGUCCAAAAACUAAAAAGCCUGUUAAUAAAAGAAACUUUCAGUCAGAAUAAGUCUGUAAGACUUUUUUUUUCUUUUUAAUUGUAAAUGGUUCUUUGUCAGUUUAGUAAACCAGUGAAAUGUUGAAAUGUUUUGACAUGUACUGGUCAAACUUCAGACCUUAAAAUAUUGCUGUAUAGCUAUGCUAUAGGUUUUUUCCUUUGUUUUGGUAUAUGUAACCAUACCUAUAUUAUUAAAAUAGAUGGAUAUAGAAGCCAGCAUAAUUGAAAACACAUCUGCAGAUCUCUUUUGCAAACUAUUAAAUCAAAACAUUAACUACUUUAUGUGUAAUGUGUAAAUUUUUACCAUAUUUUUUAUAUUCUGUAAUAAUGUCAACUACGAUUUAGAUUGACUUAAAUUUGGGCUCUUUUUAAUGAUCACUCACAAAUGUAUGUUUCUUUUAGCUGGCCAGUACUUUUGAGUAAAGCCCCUAUAUUUUGACUUGCACUACAAAUGCAUUUUUUUUUAUAACAUUUGCCCUACUUGUGCUUUGUGUUUCAUUCAUUAUUAUGACAUAAGCUACCUGGGUCCACUUGUCCUUUUUUUUUCUUUUACGGAAAAGAUGGGUUCGAGUUCAGUGAUCUUCAUCUUCCAAGCAUCAUUACUAACCAAGUCAGAAGUUAACAAACUUUUAUGUUAGGAAAAGGAGGAAUGUUAUAAAUACAUAGAAAAUUGAAGUAAAAUGUUUUCAUUUUAGCAAGGAUUUAGGGUUCUAACUAAAACUCAGAAUCUUGAUUGAGUUAAGAAAAGUUUCUCUACCUUGGUUUAAUCAAUAUUUUCGUAAAAUCCUAUUGUUAUUACAAAGAGGAUACUUCAUAGGAAACAUCUUUUUCUUUAGUCAGGUUUUUAAUAUUCAGGGGGAAAUUGAAAGAUAUACAUUUUAGUCGAUUUUUCAAAAGGGGAAAAAGUCCAGGUCAGCAUAAGUCAUUUGGUGUAUUUCACUGAAGUUAAGGUUUUUACAAAUGUUCUUUGAAGGGGAAAAGGCACAAGCCAAUUUUUCCUAUGAUCAAAAAAUUCUUUCUUUCCUCUGAGUGAGAGUUACCUAUAUCUGAGGCUAAAGUUUACCUUGCUUUAAGAAAUAAUUUGCCACAUCAUUGCAGGAGAGGUAUUCUCAUGUUGGGGUUUAUAGAAUAUGUCAGUUUGUCACUUGUCACUUAUUUAGCUUUAAAAUAAAAAUUAAUAGGCAAAGCAAUGGAAUAUUUGUAGUUUCACCUAAAGAGCAGCAUAGGGAAGCGGGAAUCCAAAGUGAAGUUGUUUGAUGUGGUCUAUUUCUUUUUUGGAAUUUCCUGACCGUUAAUUAAAAUAAAGAAUUGGAUUUGCAAGUUUGAAAACUGGAAAAGCAAGAGAUGGGAUGCCAUAAUAGUAAACAGCCCUUGUGUUGGAUGUAACCCAGUCCCAGAUUUGAGUGUGUGUUGAUUUUUUUUUUUGUCUUCCACUUUUCUAUUAUGUGUAAAUCACUUUUAUUUCUGCAGGUAUUUUCCUCUCAGAUAGGAUGACAUUUUGUUUUGUAUUAUUUUGUCUUUCCUCAUGAAUGCACUGAUAAUAUUUUAAAUGCUCUAUUUUAAGAUCUCUUGAAUCUUUUUUUUUUUUUAAUUUGGGGGUUCUAUAAGGUCUUUAUUUCCCAUAAGUAAAUAUUGCCAUGGGAGGGGGGUGGAGGUGGGAAGGAAGGGGUGAAGUGCUAGUAUGCAAGUGGGCAGAAUUAUUUUUGUGUUAAUCAGCAGUACAAUUUGAUCGUUGGCAUGGUUAAAAAAUGGAAUAUAAGAUUAGCUGUUUUGUAUUUUGAUGACCAAUUACGCUGUAUUUUAACACUAUGUAUGUCUGUUUUUGUGGUGCUCUAGUGGUAAAUAAAUUAUUUCAAUGAUA